CACAUGUUUCUCUUGAGUUGCACAUGAGAUAAGGAAGCAAUAGCUUCGGCUGCAGUACAAUGAAAAAAAAAAAACGUGUGGGCGUGGCAAGCUCUCCAUCGAGCUGUGCCAAUGAAUUUAUUCGCUAGGAAAUAGAUCACGCUCUUAGCUCUAAAAGGUUCAGCGACAAUGAAGUGCGAAGCGCCCGGCUGUUCGGAGUGUACUACAAAGACGUAAAUCAUGCGGUCGCUACUGCGACUGCGCAUUCCUCCCUGGCUACUGCUGCUGCUGUCGGUGGCGGUUCACGCAGCUCCCCGGCGUCCCAACAUCGUGGUGCUCCUGGCCGAUGACCUGGGCUACGGCGAUGUGGGAUGCUUCGGUAACACCACCAUAUCCACGCCCAACAUUGACAGAUUGGCACAGAAUGGAGCCGUUCUUACUCAUCACACUGCAGCCGCAGCUGUCUGCACUCCGAGCAGAGCAGCGCUGCUCACGGGCAGAUACCCGGUGCGCUCAGGCAUGGAAAGCUACUUCAAGAACAAAGUGUUCAUAAUUGUCGCGUCGAGUGGCGGGCUGCCCAAUAACGAGACGACAUUCGCCAAGGUUCUUCAACAACAGGGUUACUCCACAGGAUACAUAGGCAAAUGGCAUCUGGGCUUGUACUGCACGUCCAAGGAGGACCCCUGCCACCACCCGUUGCACCAUGGCUUCGACUACUUCUACGGGCUACCCCUGACAAACCUGAAGGACUUUGGCGACGAUGAUGGCAGUGUGGUCACGACCUACUUCCCCAACAUCUUCCGCUUCUGCUACACGGCCAUGACGCUGAGUGCCGCCUUCUCGUUCCUGCUUUACCGCAGCGGAAGGCCCAUCGCCGCGGCGUUCGUCUUCGUCCUCUUCUUCGUCGACCCUGCCGUGCUCGUGUUCUUCAUCAAGAGCAUUCCGACGCUCAACGGUGUGGUCAUGCGCAACUUUGACGUGGUAGAGCAGCCUGUCCGGCUGCCGGGCAUGACGCAGAGGCUUGUCGCCGAGUCUCAACGCUUUGUCCGCUCCGCAGUUGCGGAAGGGAAGCCAUUUCUGCUCUUCCUCUCAUUCAUCCACGUGCACACGGCCCUGUUCUCACACCCAUUUUUCAUUGGCAAGAGUGCACAUGGUCGCUAUGGUGACAAUGUCGAAGAGUUGGACUGGGCCAUUGGCAAGGUUACAGAACUGUUGCAAGAGACGGACCAGACGAACAACACGUUCGUCUAUUUCACCUCCGACAAUGGCGCUCAUGUUCAAGAGAUUGGAAUUCGUGGCGAGAGAGAGGGUGGCUACAACGGCAUCUUCAGAGGCGGAAAGACCAUGGGUGGAUGGGAAGGCGGAAUUCGUGUGCCCACAGUUGUUUCCUGGCCGGGACAUGUUCCCAGUGGCCUCAAGAUCGAGGCAUCGACCAGCCAGCUCGACAUGAUGCCCACGCUGCUGGCGGUGGCCGGGGCGAAGACUCCACAGGACCGCGUCAUAGACGGCAGCAACAUACUCCCGCUCCUCCGCAAGGAAACCGCGGCCGCUUCGCACGAGUUCCUUUUCCAUUACUGCGGCAUUCACAUCCACGCAGUCCGUUACACCCCUCGCGACGGUUCUGGUACGUGGAAGGUGCACUUUAUGAGCCCCGACCCAGCCCUGUGCACGUACGUCUGCCACUGCUACGGCAGCUACGUGCUCCGCCACGACCCACCUCUCGUCUUCCACCUGGACUCCGACCCGUCCGAGUCGCGGCCCCUACGCGAGCAGGACGAUCCACGUGUUGCACGGGUGCGAGAGGCCGUCGCGGAAGCGGUAGGCGGACACGAGGCGUCAUUGCAGCUGGUGCCGCAGCAGUUUGACUUCUUCCACUCUGUGUGGCGGCCGUGGCUACAGCCGUGCUGCAGCUACCAGUUCUGCUCCUGUCGCGAGAACUACACGCUCACGGACACCCUAUGAGACGAUUCGGCGAGGCCUGUGACUUUGUAGUUCACGACUUUGUGCGUCACGGUGGCCUUUUGUGUCACGAAUUGGUGCAACUUUGCACACAUUGCACAUUCAUGACCCUAAGCUCAUGUGCUGCGACAUAAGUGCCUUAAAGGGAGAAUGGGGGCGAUGACAAAUUUCAGGAUUGUUUUGAAUUUGACAAUUGUUGUCAGGAUUGCGCUUAUGUGUGAGCUGUGACGACAUUGUGCAUCACAGUGGCAUUGUACGCUGCAAGUUUGUACAUGUCGCAUAUUCAUGACCCUAAGACCAUGUUUGACGUCCGUUCCUCAAAGGGAGAAAGGGGCAUGAGAUUUUAAAAAUUUUACGAUUGCUCUUGAAAACGUUAUUCCCAGCCAUGCUUGGAGAGCCGGUAUCUGCAGCGGCAAAAUGUGCAAAAAAAAUUGUGCGAAUAGUGAGUGAACCUUUCUUUGAUAUUACGGAUCCUAUCCUUGUAUCUUGUUACUGGUAUCGAACAUUGUCGGAACUUAGUUGUUGGUGUUUUUAAGUUUGUUGUUUUACUUGUGAUAUCCGAAUGACGCGAGAGGCAACCCAUGUAUGGAAAUGUAGUGCAGCUGUGUUUUGCAGAACUGUAUGUUAGUCCUGUGAAACUCUGAGGUGACCCACUUGGCUUUGCUCCCUGCGUACAUUGAAACGUGUUUCGACUUGUGGAACAUUGCUGUGCUGAAGUAUUUGUAUGCACGUAGUUGUAGCAAUGUACUGAAGACUUUUAGUAACGUUGAACUACUCUCUCCAGUUUAACAAACCAUUACAGCCAGGAAGACAUUUUUCACACAUGGCUAAAGUGUAGCCACAGCUAAAAUGUUCCUGUUGCAGCUGCAUGUGAUGUUGUCAUAUGUCGCCACUAGCUUGUGGCAACGUGUAGCUUGUGACAAUCUCACAAGCCACUGUCACCACAUGGUGGUGACAUGCAAUACAUUUCCAGCAUUUUUCACUAUUACAUUAGCACUGUUUGAGGCCACGCAAUGCCUAACGUCUAUUUUAUUUGAAGGCUUAAAAGUGUAGACCAACACCACGCGCACAUUUUAGUUGCAACUGCCGGUUAGGCACUAAAAGAUUCGACAGGGCGCUGCUGGAAGUACGAGUGCAUGUGGUUGCUUUGUUUUACCUGUUUUUAAUGGCUUGCCAAAAUGGAACUUCCGACCCUAACUGUACUGCAUGGGCAUUGAAUUCCUCGAUCGCAAGUGGCUCCAGCGCUCAAGCUUUUGGAGGAGUUAAUCACAUCACUAAAGUUACCCAUGUGAUUUCAGUAUUGAGGCAUCUGUACAGAUACAGGGCAGACAGCUUCGAUUUUACGAUCAGUUUUGUCAUUUGCUUGCAAUGGCAGUAGAGUGCCUAGUUGAUGCAUUUGAAUUUUUAAUGGUAUAAUCUAAGCUCAUUAUAAAGAAAUUUUCCACUAGAACCAAAGUUCUACCUCAGUAAAUCCAGUAUUCUAUACAAGCACAUUCCUCUUUUAAGCUAUUCAGGAACAUUACAAAUUGUGUUAUAUAGAAUGCAAAUGAAAUUCAUAAGUUGUUAUAUUCAUGAUUGUUAUUAGUUCAACGGUGUUUGAAACUUCAAAUGCAGGGGAAUGAUGUUUUUGUUGUAUAUUCAGUUUAUUUGAUAUUUGUAAUGCCCGUGAGGUCAUGUGUGGCUAAACUGUGUACAAGAUGAGAGCAUUUGGUAGUGCCUACUGGAUCGAAAAAUUGGGGCUGAAAGCUCUGCAAGCCUACCUUAAAUGUGUGCGUACUUCCAUUUCAUUUGCUUCAAAUUACUGAGAAGCUCAGUUUUCAGGUGUGACAAACAGGCCAUAUGCGUGUUUUUUGUAUAUAUUUCACUUAAUUUCAAUCAUGGAUGUAUCUAAUUUUCUUUCCAAGUUUGUUCCACGAGUUGAAAUACCUAAAAUGCUUUAACAACAACAAUUGUGAACAUACCUAGAAUACAUUGCAUAUUUAAUCAAAAAUGUAUGCAAAAGCAUAAUGAAUUAAGGAUGUUGUGAAGGUUUUUUGUAUCGAGAUUUCCAUCAUAAUGAUGUCUUGUCCUGCAAAUAUUUUCAGUAUCACCGCCAUGAAAUGAAAUAUUUUUACUUCAUUUUUCGCUAACCAGUCAGUGCCGAAUUCGUAGACGAACUUUUUCCUAGCGAUUCUCCUGUUCAAGCAACUUUUACCGACCAAUUCAUGAUCUCGAAAGGAUCAACAGUCACGAAAUCAAGAUGAAAAAAACGUGCAAUACAUGAUUGACACGUAUGAAGACAAAUGAGCAUGUUUGUAAUUUUCUCAUCAUCAUCAUCUCACUCUCUAUUAGUACUUUUCGAUCUCUACAAACUGGAUGGCCCACUUAGGAGUAACUCUUGGCCUUGCCUAUAAGUGACAAUUAGUCAAUUGAUUAGAUUUUUAGCCAUAGUAGAUAGGAAAACUGGGUCAGUUGGCGCAUAUCGCAUUUCACAUUAUGUUGAAUGGCAUUCCAUUGUUAAAGGCUUGGAUGGUUCGACACUGCUGUGACCUGGUUGCUAUGCCCUCCAUCACUUUACUUUCAACAAUCUAUUUUGGUCAAAAUGGAAGCUGCACUAGGGUGUACCGGUUCGGCUGUUGAUGAACGACAGCCAUUCAGGUAGACAGCAGUGAAGGAACUUGAUGACUGAGCUGACCGAUGGCGUGUUUUGUUUUUUUUUUUCUUCUUUUGUUUUCAUAUUUCGCGUGCGACAUGACUGCGUGAUAGUGUCCAAGACGGACAUUCUUUUUUCAAGUUGCGUAACGAAUACUUGUGACAUGUCCAAGUGAUAUGAGAUUACAUAUGAUGACUACAAACACAUGACAUAGUGUUGCAGCCAUAAAGUUUUCUAGCUUUGUUCGACGUCAUCCUCACGCUGUCGACCAAACUCUAGUCUAAUUAGUGCGGCACGUACAUCCCAAGUCAUACAAUAAUUAUAUCACUCAUUACACAUAGGAAGAAAUGAAGGUAUGCUUCUGGCAUAGUACUCUAGUCUCGAAUGUACAGAUAGAAGGGUGAUCCACCUUCCUCCUAGCCGAUGCCUGUAAAAACUCUCAUCAUAAAGUACUGUGUGCAUGGUACACAACACAACACCAAAACUUGUAUAACAAGUAAUCUGUGCAAUUACACGAGACAACCAGCAUCGUAUUGCUGCGAAUCCGACCCCCAAACAGGUUGUUGCACAAACCAGUAUUACACACAUGUGCCACAAACUAAAGCCCAUGAAAAAUGGAGUAUAUGCAUUUCAUCAUGUGAGCACCGUACAACCCGGUCUGUGGGUGACCCAUUUCGUUGCCAAGUUGCUGCAAGUGUUAUGUAUGACUGUAUCAUUGCGUUGUGAUUUUAUAAAUAAACGGCUAUUUUCCAGCA